GUGUUGUCGGACAUCUUCUCAGUUCUCUCGAGCUGUUGAGAAAGAUGUUUUGUGACCAGAUUUUCCCCAGCUCACAGUAAACGCUAACGUGAGUGUGCUCAACAAAACUGCUUUCGCAUGGUCUUUAUUGAGAGAAUAGAACGCACGAACCGAGAGGGGUUACACAUACACAGAUGAAUGAUAGGAUAUGAUCACGGAGAAUGCAAGGCAAAUUCUGAAAAGAGUCACUAAAAAUUCAGAUCAAAUGGAUAAAGGCAGCAGGAAGAAGGAAACCAUAGGGAUUUUUGGAAAAUCAGGAGAUGGAAAAAGCGCCCUAUUAAGUGCAGUCUUGGGGAAACAGGAUCUCCUACCGUCUGAUUGUCUUAGUGCUUGUACAGCUGUUGUUACUCAGGUGGAAGCCAAUCUUACGGACUCCAACUACAUAGCAGAGAUUGAAUUAAUCUCUAAAGAGGAGUGGGAGAAAGAACUCAAAAAACUUUUCAGAGAUAUAAAAGAUGAAGAUGAGGACGAUGAUGAUGACUUGAAGGAGGUUGCUACAGAAAAGAUCACUAUGCUAUAUGGAGCUGAUGCAGACCAUAAAACAUUAGAAGAGCUCCAGAAUGAUGAAAAAUUUGCUGAGAUUGAAAACUUUUUGUCUGUCAGUAAGAAAAUAAUCUCAAACAGUAAUGCCUAUGAAUUUACCAACAAUGUUGCAAAUUACAUACAACACAGUGAGUCAAGUCCUGGUGACUGGUUCUGGCCGCUUGUGAAAACUGUGACAAUCAAGAUUCCAGACUGUCAUGAACUCCUGGAGCACAUUGUGCUUCUUGAUAUUCCUGGGAGUGGAGACUGCAGUAGGACUAGAGAUGACCUGUGGAAAUCUAAACUGAGAGAGUGCUCUUCUGUGUGGAUUGUAAGUAAUAUCAAUCGAGCAAUCACUGACAGAGACCCCUGGGGGAUAUUAAAGCACUGCAUUGAAGAACUGGGACCAGGAGGAAAAUGCAAAAGCAUCAACUUCAUCUGUACAAAGACUGAUGACUUCAAUCCAAAAGAGUAUAUGAGAUCUGCACGGCUUCCAAGAGACCAAAUCUCAGAAGACAAGGAUCAGGAAAAAGCAUACAUACUUCAUAGAAAUGAACAUGCCAAGACAAGGGUAAAAAAAAAGUUUGAAAAGUCUGGAAUUAAAAAGAAAAUAUUCAACACUGACAAUCAGUUUCAAGUUUUUACUGUAAGUUCCAAAGCAUUCUUUGACCACAAUUUAAAUCUGAAAUCAAGUGAAACAGAAAUCCCAAAUCUGCAGGAUGAUCUAAGGAAUCUUAACAAGAGCAUUAAUCGAGAACUGACCAGAGAUUAUGUCAAUAAAGCAAAGGGAGUUUUGUCCUUGAUCCAAAGUGGCCAGCUGGAUACGGACAAGAAAAUGAUUGAAAUGAAAGUCAACAUCCGCAACGAAUUUGAGAAGAACCUAAUGAAGGCACUAAUUGAACUGGACAAAUAUUUUGACAGCAUUUAUAAAGAUCUGGAGCGGCGUCUCUCAAAUGGAGUGGAAGAAUCAGUGCAAUCAUGUGUAGCUUCCACAAAAAAAUUUAUAGCACCUAAAAAAGAUGGAAGGGGGUUCCAUAAAAUCCUUGGUGCUUUGUGCAGGAACUACGGAUGCUAUUGGUCAAAAAAUUGGAAUGUAAUUCUAGACCUAAACAAGUCAUUAGCCGAACAUUUGCACAAAUACGUUGAGGAAUAUUUCUGUCAGAUUUUUCUUGCAACUGAAAAAACAGGAAAGUCAAUGCAGGAACAGAUUGAUAAGUUCAGUAUCAUCCAGAGUGACUCUGCUUACCCCAGCUCUGACAUACUACAUCACAUUCAGGACUUCAUCAAAACAGAGGAAACCAAACUAAAGGCAGCACUCAACAGAGACAUUGUUGAGAUGAAGAAGGAUAUCUACUCAUCAAUACAAAUAACAAUUGAGAACGAAAUGAGUUCUUGCUAUCAUCAAGCUGCAGCUUUGACAGGAACAGGAUCCAUGAAGAAACGGCAAGACCUGUUAAUAACCACAGUCGAUGAGAUAAAACAAGACAUGUUCAACAAAGCAAAAAUGGAAGUGCUAAAAAGGUUUAAAAACUUAAAGCUGGACAUAAAGAGUGUUCUUGAAAAUGAACUACAGGAAGCAAUAAAACGCUCAGAAACACAAACCAGUAAACAGACACAGCUGGAUGUCUCCAGAGAGAUCGAAGAGCUGGAGAGACUUCUAGAGCUACUAUCUGACUGA